CAAAUUGAUUCUCAUGGAAACCUUAUUGUCGUAUGUGAAAGUCCUCUUUGCACAAAUGAAGCUAAUAUGGUGCAUGAAAAUCAAGUUUGUCAAAAAGAGAAUAAAAAACGAGGGACUGUCCGGGAAAGAAGUAAUGUAUGUGAAUUAUGUGACAAAAGCUUUAGUACUGAAGAGAAAUUUCAAGAACAUUAUCUUAUUCACUCCGGUAUCAAACCCCAUGUUUGCGAAAUUUGUUUGAAAGGUUUUGCCAACAAAAGUAACCUUCAACGACACAGAUUAACUCAUAGUGCAGAAAAACCAUUUACGUGUGAAGUUUGUAGCAAAGGUUUCGCUGAUAAGUAUACUUUUCAAAUGCAUAAAUCGAUCCAUUUUGGUGAAAAACACGUUUGCGACAUAUGUUACCGAGAGUUUACUCAAAAAUCAAAUUUAAAAAGGCACUAUACUAAUCACUCGGAAUACAGACCUCACGGCUGUGGAUUAUGUGGAAAGCGUUUUACGGAUAAAUACACUUUAGAGACUCAUCUAGCCAUUCAUACUGGAGAGAAAUACGUUUGUGAUGUUUGCUUUCAAGGUUUCACCCAGAAAUCUAAUUUGAAACGCCAUUAUAUGCUUCACUUUGCUGACAAACCUUUCACUUGUGAAGAAUGUGGGAAAAGUUACGCUGAUAACUAUACUUUCCAAGUUCAUAAAUCAAUUCAUUCUGGUCAAAGACACAUAUGUGAUAUAUGUUCAAGAGGUUUUACUCAAAAGAGUAAUCUCAAAAGACAUUAUACAACACACUUAAAAGAAAAGAAAUUUCAUUAUUGUCAUCACUGUCCAAAGAAGUUUAUUAGAGAAGAAAAAUUACAGAAGCAUGAACUAACACAUAGAUUAUGA